UCCCGCCCCGUUUCUCUCUCAUUUGGUUAAAUUGAACAAAAGAAUUGAAAAUGUACCAAUAACCUCUGUUUCUCACUUUCACUUUUUCUACAUCUGAAAACCCUCCUCGGACAAGGCACCGCCACCCGCAUUUUUCGUACUUCCACCAAUGGCGAACACGACCCCUCAAUUGCCCCUCGACGCCGACGGCGCGUGCAUGCUCUGCAAGGUGAAGCCGACGGAGGAGGCGACUCUGACGUGCGCCAUGUGCGCCACGCCGUGGCACGUCGAUUGCCUCUCCGUUCUCCCUGAGACCAUGUCCUCGGCGAUUAGUUUCGAGUGCCCCGAUUGCUCCGGCGAAGGGCUCGACGGAGGCCCGGCGCCGUUGGAUCUGGAAAAGCAGGUUCUUUUCACAAAGAUCCGAGAAAUAGAGGCGGAUGUGUCCCUGUCGGAGAGGGAGAAGGCGAGGAGAAGGCAGGAGCUUUUGAGUGGGAAUGUAAAUGGGGAAAGCGGUGAUGUGAAAGAGGAGAAGGAGAACGAUGUGCUGGGUGUGCUCGGAGAAAGCUUCAAGUGUUGCUAUUGCAUGGAGCUUCCUGAACGGCCUGUGACGACACCAUGUGGCCACAAUUUCUGCUUAAAAUGUUUCGAGAAAUGGAUGAAGCAAGGAAAGCGCAACUGUGCAAAGUGUCGGUGCAGCAUUCCAGCAAAAAUGGCAUCUCAGCCGCGCAUCAACUCUGCCCUAGUGUCCGCCAUACGUAUGGCAAAACUGUCAAGAUCAAUAAGCUCUGGAGGGACUCAACAGGUUUACCGCUUUUUGCACAACCAAGACCGUCCUGAUAGAGCAUUCACCACUGAGAGGGCCCAGAAAGCUGGAAUGGCUAAUGCAGCUAGUGGGAGGAUUUUCGUCACUGUCCCUAAAGACCACUUUGGACCUAUUCCGGCGGAGAGCGAUCCUGAGAGGAAUCAGGGUGUUUUGGUGGGUGAGACUUGGGAUUUACGUAUGGAUGUGAGGCAGUGGGGUGUGCACUAUCCUCCUGUAGCUGGCAUUGCUGGGCAGGCGCAUUAUGGUGCUCAGUCGGUAGUCAUUUCAGGAGGUUAUGAGGACGAUGAAGACAAUGGUGAAUGUGGGGGGCGGGAUUUAAGCGGAAACAAGCGCACAAACAAGGCGCAGUCAUUUGAUCAGGAGUUUCAGGGGCAAAAUCAAUCUCUGCGAGUUAGCUGCGAAAAAGGCUAUCCAGUUCGUGUUGUCAGAUCUGAGAAAGACAAACGUUCUUCAUAUGCUCCGGAGAAAGGUUACCGGUAUGAUGGUGUCUACAGGAUCGAGAAGUGUUGGAGAAAAGCCGGAAAGCAGGGCUUCAAAGUCUGCAGAUAUUUGUUUGUGAGGUGUGACAAUGAGCCUGCACCAUGGACAAGUGACGAGCAUGGAGAUCGUCCAAGAGAGUUGCCAGUUAUUUCCGAGCUUAAAGGUGCUGUUGACGUUACUCAAAGAAAGGAAAGUCCCUCUUGGGAUUAUGAUGAGGUCGCAAGUUGCUGGAAAUGGAAAAGGCCACCACCCCAUAGCGAAGAAAAAGUAGUCAGCAUUAAUCCCAAGGACAGGGAGAAUGGAAUGAAGGUGAUAAGGAGAGCACAAGCUGUUUCAAUGAGAGAGAGACUGCUCAAAGGAUUCUGCUGCCUUAUAUGCAAGAAUGUGAUGAAUCAGCCCCUCACGACUCCCUGCGCUCACAAUUUCUGCAAACCUUGUUUAGAAAAUCAAUUUGCCGGGCAAACCUUUUCCAAGGAGAGGGUCUGCCACAAUGGGCGCAAACUUCGUUCACAGAAAAACAUAUUGAACUGCCCUGCAUGCCCCACUGACAUAUCAGAAUUCCUCCAAAAUCCUCAGGUGAACAGGGAAAUAAAGGAUGUUAUUGAGAGACUGCAGUCGGAGAUUGCUAUGGAAGAGGAACUUAAGGGCUCAAACACCACCUUAGAGGAAACAAAUGCUGGUGAAGAGAAGAAUGAUACAUUACCAGGGGAAAUAAAGGAGGUUAUUGAGAAACUGCAGUCGGAGAUUGCUAAGGAAGAGGAACACAAGGACUCAAACACCACCUCAGAGGAAAUAAAUGCAGGUGAAGAGAAGAAUGAUGAUACAUUGCCAGGGGCCGAUGUGGGUAAGAAAUCAAAUGAGCAAACAGAGGGGCAGCUUGGUAAAAGUAUUACGUUAAAGAGAAAAGGUAGUUCAUCGAGCCUCUCAAAUGAGAAGGAAGAGAUUAACAAGAAAGCCAAAGUGGAUAAUGGGGAUGAAAGUGUACUCUCGUCAGAGGAGAAGAAGCCAGAUGGCGAGUCCAAUAAUGUGUUGCAAGCCUCGGUAACUAAAAGGGGCCGUGGCAGGCCGAGAAAGGGAGAGCCAAAAUGCUGAGAAGAUGUUGAGUGUGUCUUUUGAACAUGAUUGUGUGCAUUAUUAGCUCAUUUGCUGCAUGAGUGCACAAAACUUGUGCAGCGUGGCUUUUUCGACAUUCUUGUUUUGGAGGAUUAUUUUCUAGCGCAAAAUUGUAUCUCUGAAUUUUAUUCAUGAAACUUGACUUUACACAUUUUUUGAGGCGCUGAAAACAUUGUAGUGAUAAAAUGCAUCAGAUUUUCGUUUUGGGGUA